AUGUCACCUCUAAUCAAGCUAUUCCUUCGAAAUAACGGGGCAAAUGUGUUGAGAAGAGCCCUGGCUCUCGUCCGGGAAGACGGCCGGUGCCAAGACAUAUUCGGCGCGUCGAUCGCCGGAUUCGGCGAAGAGACGUCACGUGGACGUCGUCGCCACGUCGCCCAUCACAAAUACGAAAAAGACGGAAUGCAACGAAUUCGAGUGCUAUUUCAUGUGAAAGGCGACCGUGAUGAGGGCAUUGCUCAGGCUGAAAUGGAGCAGAGAGACGGCGAUUGGCAGUGGAGAUUCCUCUAUGUGGAGAACAAGCAUCGACCCAAAACUACCCAUGUUCUCAUUGAUAAUCGAUAA